CUUUUGUGUCUGUACAGAGAUCAUCCCUUUCACUGUGUUGCAUUAUUGCUUUCGCUUCUAACACUUCAUGGCGUCUUCAAAUCCUUCCAUAGAAUUCGGCUCUUCAACUUCCAAACUCCCACAGAAGUACGAUGUGCUCAUCAACUUUAAUGGAGAAGACAUCCGCAGGAAAUUUGUUUCUCAUCUCGAUUAUGCUCUCUCUACUGUUGGGCUCACCACUUUUCUUCACGAGGAGAAUGCAGUGAAAGGCAUGCACAUCCAACAACCUAUUCUGAAUCUGUGUCGGGUAGCAAUAGUUGUUUUCACCAAAACCUAUUCUCAAUCUGCUUGGUGUCUUCAUGAGCUCCAACAAAUCAUCAAAUGGCAAGAAACUUAUUCCCGACAUGUUCUGCCCGUAUAUUACGAAAUUCAGCCAUCUGAUGUACGUCUUCAGAAGGGUGAUUUUGGAAAAUCAUUCAAAGCAACUGCACAAGAAACAUUUCCAUGGCAACAACUGGAGCAUGGCAUGUCCAGGUGGAGCCACGCACUCACCAAAGCUGCAAACUUUUUUGGAUGGGAUGAGAGAAAUUACAGGAGUGAUGCUGAACUUGUGGACAUAAUUAUUAAGGGCGUUGUUAAUUUACCAGUCUUGUCUGCUACUAAAUUUCCAGUUGGAUUACAAUCCCGCGUGAAAGAUGUGAUUCAAAUUAUAAAAAAUAAAUCCACGGAAGUUUGUGUAAUAGGAAUAUGGGGAGAGGGAGGGUCAGGUAAAACCACCCUUGCCAAAGCUAUCUACCAUCAACUUCAUGGUACAUUCACAGAGAAAAGUUUUAUUGAAGAUAUUUCACAAUUUAGUCAAACAAGAGGGCAUGUUCAUUUACAAGAACAACUACUUUCCGAUGUCCUAAACACAAAGAUAGAGAUACGUAGCAUUGAGAUGGGAAAAUGUAUGAUUAGGGAAAAACUUUCUGGGAAAAAAUUGCUCAUUGUACUUGACGAUACUAAAUAUGAUCCAUUAUUAGACCUAUGCGAUAGUCAUGUAUGGUUAGCUAAAGGAAGUGUCAUAAUAAUUACAGCAAGGGAAGAAAGCCUACUAAGAAUACCUGAAAUUGGUUCUGUUAUUUCGAUAAAUCUGUUGAGCACAAAUGAGUCCCUUGAGCUUCUUAGUUGGCACGCAUUCAGAGAAGCAAAACCAGAAGAAGAAUACAAUGACCUUGCAAAAAGCGUAGCUGUUUGUUGUGGAGGACUACCUCUUGCUCUUGAAGUCAUUGGAAGUAGGUUAUUUGAAAAAACGAAAGAAGAAUGGAAGAGUGUAUUGUUAGAAUUAAAGGAAAUUCACAACCAUGAUGUCCAUCGGAAAUUGAAAAUAAGCUUUGAUGGUUUAAGCAAUGAAAUGGAAAAAGAUUUAUUCCUUGAUGUAUGUUGUUUCUUUGUUGGUAAAGGCAGAGCCUUUGUUACAAAGAUCCUAAACGACUGUGGAGUAGAUGCUGAUAGUGGAAUAAGAAUUCUCAUAGAGCGUGGCCUCAUACAAGUGAAAAAGAACAACAAAUUAGGAAUGCAACCGAUGCUACAAAAAAUGGGAAGAAAAAUUAUUCGUCAAAUUUCAGGAAAGGAACUUGGGAAGAACCCUCAACUAUGGUUUGGCCAGGAUGCAGAAUAUGAACUGUUAGAGAAUACUCUGUUCUCAUCACAGCAGACAAAAGUCAUUCGGAAAUUGCCUUUGAAAAUGUUUUUAAUAGCCACAAGAGAGUUAUUCGAACAUCCUUCAGUAGUAAGAGACAAAUCAAGACUUCUGAAACUCACUAGAGAUUUUGGGAAACUGAGAUGGAUCAGUUUGCAAGGGUUUUCUUCAGAAUACCUACCUGAAGACUUUUAUCUGCAAGAUGCAAUGGUGAUUGAUUUAAAACACAGUCUUCUUCGAUUCGUCUGGAAAGAACCUCAGGUUUUGAUGUGGUUAACAGUCCUUAAUCUUAGUCACUCCAAGUACUUGAGAGAAACUCCAGACUUUUCUGGACUACCUCGUCUUGAACAGCUCAUUCUCAAAGAUUGUUCAAGAUUGCGCAAAGUACACCAUUCUAUUGGAUGUCUCAACAAUCUUGUAUUGCUAAAUUUGAAGGACUGUACAAGUCUAAGCAAUCUCCCAAGAGAGGUAUAUAAGUUGAAAUCUUUAACCACUCUCAUUCUCUCUGGUUGUUUGAAGAUUGACCCAUUGGAAAAAUAUAUAGUGGAAAUGGAAUCCUUGAUAAUUCUAAUUGCUGAAAAUGCAGCUGUGAAACAAGUGCCUUUUUCAAUUGUAAGCUCAAAAAGCAUUGGAUAUAUAUUUCUACGAGGUUUUGAGGGAUUGUCAUGUAAUCUUUUUCCUUCUAUCAUUCGGUCUUGGAUGUCACCAAUCAUGAAUCCCUUAUCUUAUAUUCAUUCGUUUUGCAUGGAUAUUGAGGAUAAUGGUUGGAAUGAUCGUUUGCCAUUGCUUAGCACCCUUGCAAAUCUUCGAAGUGUUUUGGUGCAAUGUGACACCGAGUUUCAACUAUGUAAGCAAGUUGAAACUUUUCUGAUCGAAUAUGGAGUAAAUGUUACAAAAUCAGGAAUUUCACAGAAGAACUUGAAGUAUUCUUUGAUUGGUGUUGGAAGAUGCAAGGAUUUCUUCGAUGCUGUCAGUGAUAGCAUUUCUCAGGUAUUUGCAAGCAAUGAGUCCCGUGAUGUUUCUCUCCCAGGCGAUAAUGAUCCUUAUUGGUUGGGCCACAUGGGUAAGGGUCAUUCUGUUUCUUUCACUGUGCCUCGAGAUCGUGACUUGAAGGGAAUGGCUUUGUGUGUCAUUUAUUUAUCAACCCCUGAAAUUGUGGCAACUGAAUGUCUUAGAAGUGUCUUAAUUGUUAAUUACACAAAGUGUACAUUACAGAUACAUAACCAUGGCACGGUAAUUUCCUUUAAUGAUAUAGAUUGGCAAGGUAUAAUACCAAAUUUAGGAUCAGGAGACAAGGUGGAGAUUUGUGUGACUUUUGCUCAUGAAUUGGUAGUCGAGAACAUAGUUGUUUAUCUGAUAUGUAGUGAAUUAAACGACUCACAAAAGGAGCCUGCCCCAAAGAAAAAUUCCCUAAUUAGAUUUAUAAAGAAAGUUGUAAUGUGACCUCUGAUAAGUCAUUUAUCUUCUUUGAGAGCAGCAGGAUCUCUUGAGUUAUGGAAUUAAUCCUCUUGUCCUUGAAUGCAAGUUAUGUUUCCUCAUACU